CCUAAUGACAUUUAUCGUUAAUAAGUCCUACACGUAUACAGACAUAGUUUGUGAAAUUAUCGCAAGAAUAUCAUGAAAUAGUAAAUUAAAUAACACAAAAAUGGUAGACGAAAGUACAAGGAAGACAUUAAGCAGUAUACCUUUGUUACAAACCAAGGCAGGACCUAGAGACAAGGAAUUAUGGACGACUAGGCUCAAAGAAGAAUAUCAAGCACUCAUUAAGUAUGUACAGAACAAUAAAACAGCAGACAAUGAUUGGUUUCGAUUGGAGUCCGAUAAAACUGGUACGAAGUGGUUCGGUAAAUGCUGGUAUGUCCACAACCUGCUCAAGUACGAGUUUGACUUGGAAUUUGAUAUACCCGUAACUUAUCCAACAACAGCACCAGAGCUUGCUUUGCCCGGUCUGGAUGGCAAGACCGCAAAGAUGUACCGUGGUGGAAAAAUCUGCCUCACAGACCAUUUCAAACCUCUUUGGGCUAGAAAUGUGCCUAGGUUUGGUAUAGCUCAUGCCAUGGCAUUAGGGCUUGGUCCUUGGUUGGCCGUGGAAAUACCGGACUUAAUAGAAAAAGGUGUUAUAAGUUAUCAAGAAAAAACUGAACAAACAAAAUAACUAACGCCACGUUUAAAAUGUACAUAAAUAUGUAUUAUAAAUAAUAAAUAUUUUUUUGUAAA